UUAGUACCGCCGGUAGUAUCCCAUCAAUUAUUCAUCGUUAUAUUUUUUGUUUCUUCCAAAAUGUCGUUUGAUCAGAAAGAGAUUUUUAGUUUGAUGUACAAGCUGGCGCGGCUCAUAGUGCCUGAUACCCGCGUUGAAUAUGAUUCAAUGGGGGCAAUUCACGUGCCCCUCGAUCGUUUGUAUGGCCCGCAAACAAUGCGGUCCUUACUGAAGUUUCCGAUUGGUGGAGUGAAUGAACGCAUGCCCCGACCCAUUAUUAUAGCAUUGGCCAUUGUGAAAAAAGCCGUUGCUGAGACCAACAAAAUGUCUGGCCUAGAGGAGCGGUUGUGCGAUGCUAUCUCUAAGGCUUGCGACGAUAUCAUAUCUGGCAAGCUUUACGACGAGGACCAUUUUCCACUAGUUAUCUGGCAAGCCGGAUCCGGCAGACACACAAAUAUGAAUGUAAAUGAGGUUAUUUGUAACCGUGCAAUCGAGAUACUCGGCGGCCAGAAAGGCACAAAGACGCCUGUGGAUCCCGAUCAGCAUGUGAACCUAUCACAAAGCUCCAAUGACAGCUUCUCCGCGGCCAUCAACAUUGCAGUCGCUAUGCAGUUGCGCGAUAAACUGUAUCCGGCGUUGACGCUGAUUAUUGAGGUAUUGAAUAACAAGGUAAAUCAGUGGAAGGACAUUAUCAAAAUUGGACGAACCCACCUGAUGGACGCUGUUCCGCUGACGCUCGGCCAAGAAUUCAGCGGCUAUAAGCAACAACAGGCCAACUGCCGGGAACGACUAGACACAGCUCUGACCCGGCUAUACCAACUCCCUCUUGGCGGCACCACAGUCGGAACAGGGCUAAACACUAAAAAGGGGUUUGCCGCUGAGUGUGUGAAACGUGUAGCCGACCUAACAAGUCUUCCCUUCGUUAAUUCGCCCAACAUGUUUGAGUCUAUCUCCUCGUGUGAUGCCCUGGUGGAAGUGCACGGCGAGCUGAACACUCUAGCAGCCAGCACAAUGAAGAUGGCGAACGAUAUUCGUUUCCUGGGAUCGGGUCCGCGAUGCGGUUUGUCUGAGCUGAAACUCCCCGAAAAUGAGCCGGGAAGCUCGAUUAUGCCAGGCAAAGUGAAUCCGACACAGUGCGAAGCUCUUACCAUGAUCUGUGCCCAGGUCAUGGGCAACCAAGUAGCGGUUACAUUAGGCGGUUGCAAUGGGCACUUUCAACUCAAUGACUUCAUGCCGAUGAUUGCCUCAAAUGUGCUUCGCUCGAUAACACUUUUGGGAGACGGAAUUAAGUCUUUUUGCAAAAACUGCCUCAGCAACAUCGAACCAAACACAGACAAGAUAAAUACUAUCAUGAGUCAGUCCCUGAUGCUGGUUACUGCCCUAAGCCCUCAUGUGGGGUAUGAGCGGUCAGCUGCAAUAGCCAAAGCAGCACAUCAAAGUGGUACCACCCUAAGGGAGGAAGCCAUUAAUGCAGGCAUUUCAGCGGAUGACUUUGACGAGUGGGUGCGACCUGACAAGAUGUUGGGUCCCAAUUAGCUGUUCUUACAAAUUUGAAAUAAAGUCGUCAUUAUAAUUAUGUCUGUACAAAUAUAA